GACAUCACCGGUAUUGAAAGAAAACACAUGCAACUUUAAUUAUCAGGUCUUAAGAUUAUAACAUUCCUGGAAAAAAACCCCACCAAUACAUGCAGUUUUCUUGACAUUUUUCACUAUGGUAACCACCACAUGAUCACUUCACUUCACACAGGAUGGCGGGCCCGGGUGAAUUAAAAACUAAAAAUGGCCGCUGUUUCUUCUCAGAAAAGAAUGUUGAGAGGUUUUAUUGAUUUUCCCAGCACUUGCUUGUGUUGUAAUUAUCCAGUACACAUGACAGACCUGUGACUGCCUCGCCAGUUAUAGACACGGCCAUGUUAAUUAAUUGGAAAGUGAUGUAGCUGAGUGCUGAAAAAUUCAUACCCAACAGGAUGCCUUUCAUGAGUCAAUAAAAGAAUUUGUUUCAAACACUGAGCCAGCUUGCAUCGACAACUUAGUCUAAUUUGCGGGUAUUACUCGUCAUGGGACAAGAUGAUUACAGCUAUUAUUAUUCCACUUGAAGAUGUUUUGUGUGACAGUGCUGUGUAAAUAAAUGCUGAUGCCGAUGUUCGGUAACUCUGCUGGUGCCGUGAACAAUAUGGUUGGGAUUUUGGUUGUCCUGUUGCAUGCCAAUGUUUCCGCAGUAACCAACAUCACAAGGACGCUAUAGCGGUACUGUAGCGAGAAUUCAGUAGCCUAUGAUACAUCAGCUGAGAGAGCGAGAGAGAGAGUUCCAUGCAAGAUGGCCAGAGCUAUUACUUUUUAAUGAAGAGGCUGCUAUAAUGUUGGAAAUCUAUUUGGAUAUUGAGCGUGUGUCCUGAGUGAAAGACAAGAUGUCUUCCUGCAGUCCUCACAACAAGACAUUCACUUCUUUCACUGCAGACUAUGCCGGGAUACCUGAUAACUUGAUUAUCAACAUCAUCAUCUGGGUGGUGCUGCUUUUAUUGUUUACAUUUCUGAGGAAGCUUGCUUGGGAUUAUGGACGCAUUGCUCUCAUAAGCAGAACAGAGGAAAAUGUCCUCGUCAAAUCCAGUGAGAGUGGAUACAAUGUAUGGACGUCUCUGUUUUUCGGGGAGCACGACAAUCGGUCAAUGGUGGGAUCCCAGGAGUCGCUGGACACGACCAUCCACUCGCAAGACAAGGGCUUCUUCUCCUGGAUCAUCGCCUUCAUUCGAGUCAAAGAUGUUGACAUUCUCCACAAGUGUGGUAGAGAUGCCAUACAGUACCUGUCUUUCCAGAGAUAUCUUCUCGUCUAUUUGUUGGUCAUUUGUAUUUUGUCUGUGUCUGUCAUUCUGCCAGUAAACUUCCAGGGAAACAUCAUUGGUAAUGAAACAGAUUUUGGUCACACCACUAUUGGAAAUGUUAAUUCUGACUCACCAUUGCUAUGGGUGCAUGCUUCGUUUGCCAUCAUCUAUCUUCUGCUUGCUGUUUUUAUGUUGAGACAUUUCUCAUCACGGCUUAAGUAUGAUGAUGAGGAACAGGUUUCUCGCACUCUCAUGAUAGCUAACAUUGCCAAAGAUAAAUGUUACGUCAGUAUUCUCAAGCAGCAUUUUAGGGAGGCAUAUCCAGAGGUGGUUAUUAUAGACGUUCAGUUUGCAUACAACAUAUCUGACCUAAUCAAAAUGGAUUAUUCAAGACGUGUGGCAUCAGAGGCGAAGCUGUACUCUGAAGCAGAGUUGAAGAAGACGAGUCAGCGGCCGAUGAUGAGACCCCACAUGUGUGGCCAGCUAUGUUGCUGUGCUGAAGUCUGUGGUUCAAAUCAGGUAGAUGCGAUUGACUUCUACACAGAGGAGGAGCGCGUGAUGUUGACAAAGUGUGAGGAUGAGAAGGUCAAGGCCUACCAAGAUCCACUUGGCAUCAUGUUCAUCACCUUCCAGCAAGACCACAUGGCUGAAAAAAUUCACAUGGAUUUCCGUGCCAAUUGCAAAGGAACACACAAUCCUCAGAAUUCUAGUGUGUACUGGGAGCUAGGAGUCCAAGACUGGGAUGUCAAAUUUGCACCUUCUCCAGAAAACAUUUACUGGGAGAACCUGUCUCUUCAGCCAUGGAAGUGGUGGCUGCGAGCAUUCAUCAUCAACGGUCUGCUCAUUGUGCUGCUGUUCUUCCUCACCACCCCCAGCAUCAUCCUCUCUCAGCUGGACAAAAUACAGUACACAAAAGCGAUUGAAGAUCUGCAUAGUCCAAUUCUGGUGCAGUUCGUCCCCACUGUGUUGUUGCUGCUGUUUGCCACUCUACUACCAACACUUGUGUACUACUCUGACCAGUACAUUGGACACUGGACCAAAACGGCUGAGCAUCAUGCAGUGAUGAGAAAAACAUUUAUCUUUCUUCUCCUGAUGGUUGUCAUUCUGCCGUCGCUCGGACUCACUAGUGCCAGAGCAUUGUUUGAGUUGGCUGUCGUAGAUAAGAACCAGACUAUGCAGUGGGAAUGCAUAUUUUUGUCUGGAAAUGGAGCAUUUUUUGUAAAUUAUGUAGUAACUGCAGCAUUCAUUGGGACGGCUCUUGAGUUAAUUCGCUUCUCAGAGCUUUUCAUGUAUGCUCUGCGGCUUUCUCUUGCCCGAUCUUCUGCUGAAAAAUCAACAGUUAGAAAGUUAGUUCUGUGGGACUUCCAGUUUGGUUGUCAAUAUGCCUGGAUGCUGUGCAUUUUUGCUGUUAUCACAGCCUACAGCUUGAUUUGCCCUCUGGUCACACCAUUUGGUCUUGUUUAUUUAGCCUUGAAGCAUGUGGUUGACAGGUACAACAUCUUCUUUGCCUACAACCCGUCAAAAAUAGACGAGCAUAUCCACCGAUCAGCCAUCAAUUUUGUAGUGAUUGAUGUUAUUUUAGCACAGGUCAACAUUGUCUUUUUCACGGGACUCCGAGCAGGCUACUCGAGUCCUGUGUUUCUCUUCUCCUGUGUGGCCUUAUUCGUGUCACUGCUUGUGUUUGUUGGUAGAAUCAGCUUUGGAUGGUUCCGGCAUCUCAACCCCAUCAGAUACAGACAUUUUGCUACGGACACAGAUGACGAUAAUACAGGAGAGGGAUUAACAAAGCCAUUUGUUGCCAAUGUUUUGGUGGAUCAAUCCAAGCCGGACCAAAAUGGAUCAGAAGGUAUGCAGCAGUCUUAUGGGUCAAUCAACCAGGCCGGACCCGUGCCAGAAUACUCUUUGAACAGCUAUGUCGAAGACGGAUCAUGAAGUCCACAGUUUGGUAUUUAGGAAGACUAAUUUAUCUAACGCAGAUAUGUAUGCUUGAGGAUGUUCAAGGAAGAAGUCUUGUCAGUGAAGAACAGAAUGCUCGUAACAGUGGUGGGCAAAAAGAACGAACAAACCACACACAUGUGCUACACAGUAAUUUAGUUGUUUUAUGUCUGUACUGGUGUCUAACUUUAAACAGGGAUGGGAAAACUUAGUAUCCAUAUCAGUUUUCUGUGUUUAUUUCUGAAUUUUGGUAUUUAAAAGAUUUUGAAAUACUGCAUUAAACAAAGGAAAAAAAGCAUUGAAAAAUAUAUUAUUUUGAAGUUGAUAUCUGCCUCCAUUGUAUUAAGUGAAAUGUAAUUUUUUAAGUGAUCUGUUAUGACCUUCUGAAAAGCAUUUUAAUCUUAAAAAUAAAUUUAUUAUCUGGAAUUUUGAUAUGAUUUUUAACAGUGCCAGAUUAACGGCAGUAAUUUUAAGAUACUGUUCAGUUGAGUUACUUUAGAAACAUUCAGGAUUUCUGUUAUUCCAUUCCUGAUUUCGAUUUUGUGAUGUUUUACUUUCGUUAAAAUUAAUAUUUUGAAAAAUAUUGUUAUUGAAGUCACGUUUUGUAUCUUUGUUGAAGUCCUAUUUGUAUUUAUUGUUGCUAUUUAUCAUAAUUUAUAUAUUGUUAACUCUGUUGUCAGUGUUACUGGCUGAUAUAUAGUUUAGUUUGUAAAAUAAUAUGUAUUAUUGUGUUAAUAUAGCUGCAUUCAAGCAUGCUCAUAAGUACCAUAUACAGUUUCAACAUUUCCAACUUCCUAAGUGCAUUUAGAACACAUUUCAGUGUAAAAUUACAAAUGGUAAACUAUGAAGAAAAUAUUUCCAGAAGUGACUAUCACCAUUGAAGUUAGAGAUGAUGAUUAUAAAAUAUUUCUCUGACUUUAAUUCUGCGGAAUUCUUGUAUUCUUUUUCAUAAAGUUCUCUUUAUAACUGUAUUUAUUGGUAUUAAAAAUAAGUAAUAUACAGCUGAAUUGGUCAGAACCUCCAUCGUUGUUCACUAUUUUAACGACAUCAAAAUCCAGUUCCUUACAAGUCCACGUGAAUGCAAAGGUUUUUACUUCGAGUACUUAGAAAUACCCAUUUCGGAGCACACCCGAUACGUUACCGUAUCGUAAUGCUGACAUUUAAAUGUAUAUGGUCACACAGAUAUUGUUAUGCUUGAAUUAAGGAUAUUAAAAAUCACUGACAGUUGUUUAUAUCAAAAUGCAUUAUACUUGUGUGUGUGUGGUUUUUAUCACUAAUAAGACCUCAACUGCAAUAAAAAUAAUCAUGGAAUAUUUCAGAAAUUUAAGUUAGUGGGUCCAAGAAAAAAAAUCUAUUUACAGGCAUUGGAGCUUAUUUAAUAUGUUUAUGUUUUUAUUAAGCCGAUACCAUACAAAUUCUAACCAAAGCUACAUGUAGUAGAGAAAACUAUUAAUAUAUUCCACUGAUUGUUAGUUUCGUCCAUCACUGUUUUAACAGUUGGUACACAUUUUCUUUCUGCUCUAGUGGUGUCGUUAAACCAAACAAUCUUUAACAUUGUCUUUCUAAGAUGUAAAAUAUACAUGAUUGUAUAUAUUGAAUAUGUGGCAGAAGUGGGUGUCUUUUCUCAUGUGCUGACCCUGCUGCACCUAGUUACUGUUUGAAAACACCCCACUGAUUAAACAAAGUGCAAGAUUAGUAUCAAACAUUCCUUUCCUAUACAGAUUAAACUUUUCUUAUCUGCAGUUUAUUCACUUAAAAUAAUAAAAUAUGUUGCUAAAAAAUUUAAUACAUUAAAGGUUUGUGGCUGUGAUUGAAAACUAAUCACAUUGGUUUCCAUGCAUGCAGCUGUUGUUUAAAAGUCCUUUAGUAGUAAUACAUGAACUAUCUUUGUUUCUAGGAUUGUAACUUAUUUUCAAUAAACACACUUAUUCAAGAGUGCAUUUUACAAAUUUUUAUAUUUCUCAUUUGUGAAUUUUUCUAAUUAUGUCUGUUGUGCAUGAUUCAAAUCUGUUUUGUUACAUCUGCAUUAUUUGUGAAGAUGGUUGUGGAAUUCAGAGCUCCCCAUAAUUCAUUAUUUCCAUAUACAUGUUAUUUUUUAUUGUUAUUCUAGUAAUACAAAAUACACUUUAUGACGAGUCUUUUGUAUGUGUGAUAAACAGAAAAUAUUAUCGUAAUACACGUGUACAUGUGUAUUAUAAUUAUGUGUCAAAUAGCAAAAAUACUACUCAAUUUUCCCUAGGGAUAUACCAAAUACAUGUCAUGAUCAGUGAGAUUUUGAUGUUUGGCUGUUUCAUACGUCACUAUAGUAAUGCAUGAUUACAAUUACAUUAUGUCAUUGAGCACAAUAAAUGCAGUAGCUGUUGCUUUCUUUGACAUGUUUUUCGAAAUAUCCCUAGCAAACGUUGAGUAGUAUGGUAUGAAUCCCUGUGCUUUUGAGGAGAUUUUUUCUGAUAAAAGUUUGAAAGUUGAUUAUACUAAUCAAACAAGCAAAUGUCAUUCCUCAAUAACAUGGUAUCUUUUUACUGUUUAAUAUCCGUUUAAUCUGCAUAUUUAGAUACUCUGCACUCUUGUAUAUUAAAUUUUUGUAACAAUAUUUGUGCAAUACUUAAUUAUUUCCACAUGAUUGUCCUUUUAAUCUCUCUCUGUUAGAUGUUUAUGCAUUUCUGUGUGUUUAACUUAACAGUGUUAUGAUAACUUCCUUUGUGAAAUGUAAUGUGAUUGUAUUUUAAUAUUAAGAUUCAGUAUGAUAUUGUGAUCAUGCAGAUUUGGUGAUUCUAAGCAUAACAGCAUUAUGGGUAUAUUUCACAAAUGUUUAAAAAUAUUUAAGGCAGUAAGUAUCUCUACAGUUUCUAAAAAUAUGUCAACAGUAGUUUGAUUCUACUUGCCAAAUGUUUACCAAAAUUUUAUUUAACACAACAAAUAUGUGUUGAAAUAAGUUUGGGUUCAAUAGCUUGAUUGAUGUAUUUUUGUGUCCAUAUGCAUUAAGCUGUUGAAACACUUUAAAAUAAGAUACUGUUAAAUGUCAAUAUUCCAUAAUAUUAAAACUGACCAUUGGUAAACUACAUUUAGAUGUAAAAUGUCCCCAGACAUCUUUACUAUUUUUCUUCUCAAAGGUAUUCAUUAUAAUGAAUUGUGAUGUGUAGUUUUAUUUACAGCAACAAAGACAUAGAUCCUGAUAGUAUUUUAAAAAGACAUUAAAUAAUUAUAUGUAAGAUAAAAUUCUGAUAGAAUUCUAGAUGUCUGACAUAGCAUCUUAUAUUGAUAUAAGAUUAUACUAGUGUAACUAGUUGUUAUGUUACUCAGUAUUCUGAAUUCUGAUAUUAAUGUGUAAUAUGUAAUAAUUAUGCCUAAUAGGACUUUGAAUGGAAGCAAAUAAAAGAUUUGUAAUGUUGGAAUAGUUUUUAUUUAAAAACAAAAGGGGGUAAAAAUGGAAAACAAAAGGGUUCAAGUGGAGGGUUUGUGCUAAGAUAUAAUCUAUUGUUUUGUUUUUGCAUUUUUUGGAGUUCAUACUCAAUAUUCCAUUAGUACAGUGGUCAUACAUUAUGCAUAUAAUGAAGCACAAUAAUUAUCCUUGUGCUUUUCUGUCAGCACUCCAUAAUUUUAAAGUUUUCUUUGUGAACAAAUUUAGCAUGCUUUACAAGUACAAAUGUACCGGUAUAUAUAUGUAUGUGCAUGUUAUUUGAUCCAUUAUUAGGCAAUAUUUGAUAGUGUAAAAUCAGGUGUUUUUUUUUUUUAAUUUUCUCGAUGUUGCAGUUUUACAAUAUCACUUGCCAUACAACCACUAUAAAAUGCAUAAUGUCCCCUGGAACAGAAAUUACUUAUUAACUAAAGCUUUUGCUAGUUAGUGUUUAUUAUUUAUACAAUUUUCUUGCACUGUGAUAUUUGUUUUGCUUAACUCUAGUUUGUUCUCUAACUGAUAUAUUUGUUAUGCUUCAAAAUAACAAUAUACAUGGUCAAUAAAGCAAAGUCGUAAAAAG